UUAAUUAGACGACAUCUAUCAGAAUUUGAUUGAACUAAAUGAAUCCCAUUUGUUAUUAUCAUAGUUGAUUUGAAGUUGAUUUCAGUCACUAUUCAUGAUCUGCAAAUCAUUUUGGAAUUCUCUGAAUAAAUUUUAGAUAUAUCUCGUAUAAAUUUUGUUGGAAAAUAUGGAACAGGAUAGUGAAAACCCAGAUAAUCAAGAGGAGUAUACUUCCCAUUUCAAACCAUCUUAUGUUAUAGUUGCCAUUGAUACCCAUUGUUCAAUGUUUAAAUCUGAUGGUCAGCCAACACCAUUUAAAAAUUGCAUAAAUGCAUUGUACAGGUUAUCAGACUUUUUGCUUCUCAAAUCUGAUAAAAGGGGUUGGAGUCCUUUUUCUGUUUGCUUAUACGAUAAAGAUGAAAAAGCUUCAUUGGUUAACUUCAAGGAUAAUAUGAUCAAAACUACAAAAUUAUUGAAACUAAAAUCUAAUCUUAGUGAAGAAGAGUUGAAGAAUGAAUAUAUGAGAGAUUCUGAUUUGGAUCUGGCAUAUUUUUUCCAGUUUUGCAAAAAGAAAUUCAAGGAUAUUAGUACCAAAUUCUAUAGGAGAAUAUUGAUUUUCAUUACAAACGAUCCCGACCCGGUUGUUGGAGAUGCAUCUAAAAGGUUUACAGCUCUUCAAGAAGCUAAAAAUUUUGAAGAAAAUGACAUCAAUUUUCAACUUAUCGUUACCAAUGAAGAAUUUGAAUAUGACAAAUUUUAUACCGAACUAUUUUCCUUGGUGGACAAACCACAAGAAAUAAUAUGUGAAGAUGAGGAAGGUUUAUUCGAGAAGAUAAUAUCCACAAUAUGCUUUAGACAUUCUCAACGAAAACUCCGGUUUUAUCCUUUUGCUGACGAUUUCACAAAAUCCAUGACAGUGAUCAAAAAAGGUUAUAUCAAAAAGGCAAGAAUUUUAAAUAACAAUUUUGUAGCAAAGGAUGGCACUUUGGUGAAACGAACAAAAAAACCUUCAAGUGAACAAAUGCCCUCACAUGUCAGUUACAUCCUUCGUAAUAGGAAAAAAAAGAAGAAAUUCACUGAACAAAAAUUUAGUGAAGAUGAGAAAAAAGGAGCCAAUCCUAAGCGUUUCCCAGUUGGAUAUACAUUAUUAUAUGUAUGUUAUCGUUUGAGACAAAAAGGUGAAGUUAUAAAAAAACCCGAAAUUGUGGAAGCUGAUGCCAGGGAAGAGUUGCCAUAUUUUAACCAAUUUUGGCAAUAUUGUAUAAAUAAUGACAAAGUUUUAAUAUGCGCUAAGGUAAUGAAGAAAGGCGCUUCUCCAAAACCAAUUGAACUCAUUCCUAAACUGGUACAUAACACAAAGGUAUUCCUUGAUAAAGUUAUUGCAUAUGCUAAUGAAUAUUUCGAACCUGAAAUUAAGGAAGGAAGAAAUGAAGAAAAGGUAGUACUCACAGAAGAACAAAUUAAUGUAACAGAUGCUUUGAUAAAACAAUUAACAUUUGAAUUUCAAAGCAGUUUGCUAAUUAAUAAACCUUAUUUAAACAAAGUCAACUAUCUGAAAUCUAAACUACUCGAAGAAGAUAGAAAUGAAGUCCGAGUAAGAGAUUUACUAUCUCGAGAAGAGAUUGAUGAUAAAAUUGCAGAUAUCGCAGAUGAUUUCCUCAAAUGCUUUCCUCCCGAAAAAGGUGUCAAAAGAAAAAGGACUAAAAAAUAAUAGAGUUAAUCCCUUCAGUCUAAAAAAGCUAGAUUGUUGAAAAUAUUUCUUUAUUUUUUUUAAUUUAUUUUGUUUCUUCUUAACUUGUUUGUUAUCAAUUUUAAUGAAAUAAAAAUUGUUUUUUGAAACAAUAUCAAACUUGUUAUUUUUUUUAUUAAAUUUUGAUUUGUGGAAAAACUGAAACCUGAAAAUAUAUUUUUAAAUAUGAAUAGUAAAAACUUUCUUUAAUGAGACUUUUGGUAGAAAAAAAAAUUCUCUGCAAUCUACAAAAUCUAGUUUUCAGGUUUAUCUAGUUUGGACAAAUUCUCUAACCUUUUAAUGGACUAGGAAAAUCCUGAUAGAAAAAAAGGCCUACAUUUGAGGGAUAUGAUAGGAAGGAUCAGAUGGAAAAUUAGGAUGAUACUAGGCAGAUCAGACUGGAUAAAUCAAAGGCCUAUGAUUAGAAGCGAGUGGAGCAACAAUGGUUCAGGUAAAAAGUAGGAGAAUAGGAAAACUAUCUGGAAUACUGGACAGCCAUAAGAAAUACAAAAAAAAUUAUUCACAAUAUUUAAUGAUAUAAAUCGAAUUGUAACAUUUUAGCCAAAUAUUUAGUUAAAAUUUUUUAAUAAUGAUUUUUUGCAGUUGCACAAACAGACAUUUGUCAUUUAGGGUUUAAGAAUGACUUUUCAUUACAGGAUAUAUAUGUAUAUAUACAAAAUAUCGAACCAAGUGAAAGGAUUUCUAUUAUAAUAAAUAAUGUAUAUUUUAUCCAUAGUGGGGAUGGCCCUCUUGGAAAGCUGGCGCUACCUACAGUUGACUGCAACAACUUUCCCAAAUUUGAAGAUUUAAAUAUGAAUGCAGAUGUUAAUUUACCAUCCACAGCAGCUCCAAAAUCAUUUGUUGAUAGUGCAGCUCAAAUUCCAAAAAAUUACUGGGGAUUCAAUUGUUCGAAAAAAAAAUUGAAUACAUUGCAAGAAAAAAUUUGGGGUAGAGAUUUCAAAUAUGGAAGAAGUAAUAAAUGAAAUUCAAAAAGUGGAUAUUGGAUGAAGUUUUGAAGAACUAUUUUGAAGCAAAUUUGAAAGCUCAUAUUUGAAAGUCACCUGAAAGUUUAAACUGAAAGAUGUAUAAUCUCUGAUGGUGAAUUGAAACAUACAGGAAAAAGGAGAUAUUAUUUAGUGAUGAAGGCAUUUGCACUAUAUUUGGUUUCUUAUUCUUUGUAUUCUAGGUAUGGAAGUGGAUACCAAACAUGAGAAGACAAAGGGGGAGACCAAGAAAGAACUGGAUGAAGGGAAUACCAAAAGCAAUGAGCGAUCAAAACUUACAAACAGGGCAAUGGGAAGAUCGCAAGCAAUGGAAUCUAGGCAUCGGGCAACGUCGUCCCACGUUUCAAACCGAUAUACAUAUAUGUAUAUGAAUUGAAUAAAAUUUACAUACUUUUUUCAUAU